AUGCUAAGAUGUCCUUCAGUUUGUAAGAAUGUCAAUAGCCUUCGAUUUUUCACUACUCUUGGAGAUGAAGCCAAUAACUUUCGCAAUGCCAUUAAUGAAUUGACAAAUGACCAAAUUGUAUUUGCCAUCGAUACUCUAGGCAAGGGUGAUGUUAAUGAUAGGAAUCUUCUCAGUCAACUAUGCAAAAAAAUCAAAUCGAAUAUUAAGAGCAUAAAUGUGGAAAAUUUGCUCAAAAUAACCCAUUCUUUGGCAAAAGUAGAGUAUAAAAAGUUAUCGCUCUUUUCUGUGAUUAACCGAAUUUUGCUCAAACAGUAUGAAGAAAUAGAAACUCGGCAACUAACACAAUAUUUGAUCGAUUUAAACAAGUUGAAUGCACUGGAAGCAAAUAUAUUUCUGCCCCUAGUCUCCAACAAGGUUAUCAAGGAUGUCUCACUUUUUUCAACAUUUGACCUGUGCUUUCUCCUACAUCUCACCUCUAAACUAAAGAUCAGAGACACGUUCAUAUUAGAUUUUAUCAGUACGGAAAUUCUAGCAAACGAAGAAAGAUAUGGGUAUCUAUGCGCGGAUCAAGUACUUGUAGCAACUGUAUUACGAUCGCUGGCGUUUUUAAAGUAUGAUAAUGAAUUAUUCAGGACUUUGUUAUACAAGAGGAUUCCUUCAUGCGUUUACGGGCUCGGCGGCCGAGAACUAUGUAAUGUGCUUUUUGCGAUUAUAUUAUCGCAUUUGAAUGUAAAAUAUACACCAGAAUUGACCGAAAUUGUGUUGGUCAUUCUUGAUCGCAUUACUGCUAAAUUACCAUCGUUGGUAGAAGUUGAAAUUAAUCAGCUUGGCAUUUCCCUCUACUAUUUAAAAUAUAAUUUUGAAUUUUUCAAUGAAAACCAUGAAUCAUUGCUACGUUCAAUCGCAGAUUUGAAACUAGAAUUUAGGCCUAGUGCAUCAAAAAUGCAGGAAAAGGUAGGACGUUUACUUGAUGAAUUAAAGCUGAAGCAUGAAUCUGAGGUUAUGCUUGGUCCAUAUAGACUGGACUUUGUAAUACCAAAAUUAAAGGUUGCCAUAGAAGUCAACGGAUAUACACACUUCUUCCAUCGAAGUGAACAACUUAAUGCUACCACUGAACUCAAGUAUAAAAUUAUUGAGGACUUGGGUUGGAAGGUUUUCGGUCUAAACUAUUAUGACUGGAAGAAUAAAAAUAAACAGGAACGACUUGAACGUUUGGCUAAAGGUUUAAUGGCUCACAUGAUGUAG